GGGGGCCAGGAGCGGUCGGCGGGAUGGGGUCGCUGCGUGCCGCGACGGCUGCGUCUGUGCUGCUGCUGGCGGCAGGUGCAGUUCUGAGGCGACCCCAGGAGCCCAAAGAGCUGUGGGGAUAUGUGCAAGUUCGAAGCAAGGCCCACAUGUUCUGGUGGCUCUACUAUGCAAACAACCCAACCAAAGACUUCACGGAAUUGCCCCUCAUCUUGUGGCUCCAGGGAGGCCCGGGAUCUUCAGGCUGUGGAUUUGGGAAUUUUGAAGAGAUCGGUCCAUUAGACAGAGAAAUGAAACCAAGAAACACAACCUGGUUGCAGGCAGCCAGUGUCUUAUUUGUGGAUAAUCCUGUGGGUACUGGAUUCAGUUACGUGGAUGACUGUAGCUUGUUUGCCAAAAACCUCUCCGUGGUAGUUUCUGAUAUGAUGGUUUUUCUUGGAGAAUUCUUCACAUGUAGAACAGAAUUCCAGACCAUCCCAUUUUACAUAUUUUCUGAAUCCUAUGGAGGUAAAAUGGCUGCUGGCCUUGCAUUAGAGCUGCAUAGGGCUAUUCAAAAAGGGACCAUAAAGUGCAAUUUUAUGGGAGUUGCUCUUGGAGACUCAUGGAUUUCUCCUUUGGACUCUGUCCUGUCUUGGGGGCCCUACCUUUACAGCACUUCUCUCCUUGAUGAUAAUGGUCUAGCAGAGGUGACUGCUGUCGCCAAAGAAAUAAUGGAUGCAAUAAAUAAAAAUGAAUAUGGGCUGGCCACUGAACUCUGGGGCAAGGCUGAAGGUGUCAUUGAAGAGAACACAGACAAUGUGAACUUUUAUAACAUCAUGACUAAAGACGUUCCAGAAAUGAAAUCAAAUGAACAAGGAGAUCUCCAUCUCACGGGACUUUACCAGCGCCAUGUCAGAAAUAUGCACAAGGACAGCCUAAAUGAGCUGAUGAACGGACCCAUCAGAAAGAAGCUAAAAAUUAUACCUGACUGUGUGAAAUGGGGAGGUCAGUCCAAAGAGGUCUUCGAGAACAUGGCUGAGGACUUCAUGAGACCUGUCAUCGAUAUUGUUGAUCAGCUUUUGGCAGCCAAUGUCAAUGUUACAGUCUAUAAUGGGCAGCUGGAUCUCAUUGUUGACACCAUGGGGCAGGAGGCAUGGAUCCGGAAACUGAAGUGGCCUAAUCUGAAGCAGUUCAGCCAGCAGAGGUGGAAGGCGCUCUAUGUAUCUCCAGAAUCCACUGAGACAGCUGCUUUCCACAAGGCCUAUGAGAAUUUUGCUUUCUUCUGGAUUCUUAAGGCUGGGCACAUGGUACCGUCUGAUCAAGGAGAGAUGGCACUGAAAAUGGUCAGAAUGGUGACCCAGCAGGAGAACUAGGGAAGGGGAGCCCAGCUGGAAUGGCUUCCUGCCGAGUGUCAGAGCUCCGGCAGGCACGAAUCCAGAACGAUAAGGUGCAGGAGGAGCAGUGGCUGUUUGACGCAGCCUCUCUGAUCUUGCUGAUAGUGUGCACAAGUACUUAUGGAAAAGUGGUUUUAUUCCUUGGAUGAGUUGUUGCUUUUGAAUCUGUAAGCUGUGAUUUGCUGCCUUCACGCUGUUCAUCAUGACCUUUCCAGAGGGAAAUACACUGUCAUAACUAGCUCUGAGCCUUUGCCUUUGAUUGGAAGUAUUAUGUGCUUUUGUAAAAAGCUGCACUUUCCUGAAUGCUCUCUUCUCUGUUCAUACACCAAGACUAAAACUGAUUUGGGUCCUGACAGACUUUCUGUUUGUUCCUGUCUGAGAGCUACCCUGUGUCAUGAAGCUGUGGAAUGUUCCUUCCUUUGUCCUGAGACCUCUGCUUCAAUCACCUGGCUGGAUUACAAGCUGAAGACAUUGAGAUGCCAGGGUAGAGGACCUGCCCAAGAGGAAUCGCAGUCCAUCUCAUCUUGCUGAGGUGUCUGAGUUAGGAUCCAAGAUCCUUCAGGCUUCCUGUGCUAUGGAGAGAGGAAAAACACCCCCACCACCCCCAGAGGAGGAUCUGACCUUUUUCAUCUGACCUUUUGGGUUUUAUUUUCAUUCUCUUUCGCAACAGUUACUCAGACUUUGCCUUAACACCUAAAGCACAUCCAGCAGGAAUUCCUGCUUUCCUGUAUACUGAAGCUGAAGCCUUGUUAAUACUCAUUUUGCACGGAAGAGAGUCCUAGUGCAUAGAAUCUUCUUAAAACCAAAGCUAAGCCUGGAGAGUAGAAAGGAGAGCCCUACUUGAGCAAUAACAGCAUAAUUCUGAAAGAGAGUAUCAGUGUUUAAAAGUAGGCUGUAGAAGCUAGAACCAAUAUCUUGAUCCAUGUUUUUCUAUAACUUUAAAUCUUGCACAGACCUAUUAUUUUUAAACAUUUAUUUUUAUAUAGUACGCAGUCAAGAGGAGACUUGAGACAUCAUCUGACUUCAGCUGUGCAGCACAAAGUGACAUGUUUGUUGGUGUCUGAUGGGAGGCACAACAGCUUGUUCCAGCUGUCAGAAUCCUAAAUAAAUCCUAAGCCCCUCAAUUACUCCAGCAACUGAAACUGUCAGGAAAUGUCAGAUCGUGUUGGCUUAGCCAGGACUGAGCUAUACUGCAGUGUAAACACCUACACAAUAACCCAGCAGCUGGAGUACUGGCAACUAAUAAUUGCUUUCUUUCUGUGUGUUCUCUGCUUGAGCUGUGUUCCCGAGGCCUUGAGCAAAUCCAGGUUAUCUUUUUUAAAAUGUUUUUCAAUAAAUAGGUCUACUUCA